AUGUUAGAUAAUGUAUCAGUUCCAAUUCAAAUGGUAGCUUGGAAAAUUAUCUAUUUAGUUGUGAAAAAAAUUAGUAGUGAAAACAAGGGAAAGGCUCAAAUCAAACAUGAUACCAAACCUAUGAGAAAGAGGGUAAGUGAAAGGAUUAAGGAAAAUUGGUUUAAAAAACCAAAACCUUUCAAAGGUCCUGAGUCUGACCCAGACCAACCUCUCUGCUUGACAGAAGAAGAGGACAACAUUGCCUCACAGACUACAAGUAGGGCUUCAAAGAUCACUGCUAAGAAGUCCCCCAAGAUUACUCCUAAGAAGACCCCAAAGACUACUCCUAAGAAGGCUCCAAAUACUACUCCUAAGAAGGCUCCAGCAAGUACACCUAAGAAGGCUCCAAAGACUCCAAAGAAGAAAUCUAUGAUUUGUAAAAGUAUUAUGUAA